UACGCAGCCAUAUUGCUUUUUUAGAAGUCUAAAUCCAUUGUCGUUUCGUAUUUUCACACAUUCAAUUUUGAAGAAAAUAUAUAUUUAAAAGCAUUUAAGUAUUAAAAAAAAAUACUGUCACAGAAAAACCAAAAAAUAUCCCAACUACUCUAUAGCAAAAAUAAAACAAUCAUUGAAUAAUCAGUUACAAAAUUUAACUACAAAUAAAUCAUUUCUCUUUGUGCAUCAGAGUGAGUGUGGCCUUUAAUAUAAUUUGAUAAAGUAAUUUGUGUGUAAAAUAGAUAUUUAAAGUUCUCUAGAAAUAUAACAUAAUUUCAAUUCUUCUUAUUUAGACUUAAACAACCAAUAACACUAACAUGGCUUGUGCAACUUUAAAACGCACUCUGGAUUGGGAAGCUUUAAAUCAACGUCCCACCAAACGUCGACGUUGUAAUCCUUUUGGACAAGCGGGCGCUAAUGGCUCACCAUCACGUUCAGCUGGUCAUGAUGGCGUUUUACCUGGUUCAUCGAAUCCUCAAUCACCCUCAACACGUUUCGCUCGCGAACCUCAACCCAGUCCGUUUGCUGAGGCCAAUAAUCUAACGAAAAUGUCGCCGGACAAGAUGUCACAGAACAUACGCGAGGAAAUCAAAAGAUUGCACAGACGCAAACAGUUGCCUUUCACAUCGGCCGCCAUUGAACGUAUGCAAGAUUCCGAAUCCAGUGGUUCAGAAAUGGGACCAGAUAGUCCCAGACGCCCAGACAGCCCACCAAGUAUGGUCCGUCAUCCAGAAAAGGCAUUAUUUACUUUUAAACAGGUGCAAUUAAUAUGUGAACGUAUGCUUAAAGAACGUGAAGACGAAUUGCGCGAAAAAUACGAUGCUGUACUGACCACAAAACUUGCUGAACAAUAUGAUGCUUUUGUUAAAUUUACUUAUGAUCAGAUUCAAAGACGCUAUGAAGCUGCUCCCAGCUAUCUAUCGUAAUUCGGACCUCAGGCAUACAAUAAGUUCGUAGACGCUAAGGAUUUUUUUAAUUUUCCAGUCUUCACUUUAUCGCCCAUUUUUUAAUUAAAUUAAAUCUACGUUCAUUUGUCAUGCUGUUUAUAAAUUGUUUUUUAUAUAAUUUAUCAAUUAUAUUGAAAUAUUUUGGCAACAGAGUUUUUCGCAGCAAAAAGAUGUUCCACACAACAUUUUGCAAAAAAAAAAAAAAAACAACAACAACAAUAAUUAAAUACACAAUUUAAAUUAUUUUUUUGUAAACAAUUAAAAAAUGACACCUCAUUAUACCUGCAGGUAAAUCGUAAAAAAACAUAUUUGCAUACCAAUAAUUAUUUUUUAAUAAAUAUAUUAAAAUAAAUAAAAAAACAACAAAACAUACUAUA